GCUAUCUCGAUUCCUACGUCCGCGCUGCCUUAUCUUCCGCCAAGGUUCCACGGGCGCGAUGGCUCUUCCCAAUCCCAGCAGCAGACGGGGCGCUGCGCUUCUUGACUGCGACCAUGACGGACAGAACGAGCGCGAAAGACGUGAGGAUCGCUACGGACACGGUCAUGGACGGUGACAUCGACGAGGCCGAGCUCGCGAGGAUGGGUUACAAGCAGGAGCUCAAUGUUAUCACCGGGGUCAGCUCUCUGUUCGCAUAUGGUCUUAACACUGGAGGGCCUGCUGUAAUGGUCUGGGGCUGGAUUGUUGUCGCAUGCUUCACGAUGUGUGUAGGUCUUGCCAUGGCAGAGGUCUGCAGUGCGCAUCCGACGAGCGGUGGUCCCUACUUCUGGGCAGCUAUGCUCUGCAAGCCCGAGGAUGCCGCUUUUGCGUCUUGGAUAACAGGUUGGUUCAACCUGCUCGGCCAAGUGGCAGUGACAACCGGUAUCAGCUUUGCUUGCGCGACCUUCAUUUCCACGCUCGCGACGUUCGACACCACGUUCGGUCUCAUCAACACCUUCGGUGUGCACCUCUUGCGCUACCUCAACAAUAUCUCCGUGUGGUGGCAUGCAAUCGGGACUGUCGCGCUCAUCAUAGCGGUCCUCGCUGCAGCACCGUCACACCAAUCGGCCCACUUCGUCUUUCAGACGUUCGUCGAUGGCACAGGCAUCGACGGCCCCGGCUGGAGUCAGCGAGCCAGUCCCGCAUACGUCGUCAUUGUCGGCAUCUUGAUGGCGCAGUACACACUGACAGGUAUUUUACCCACCUAUUGCAUUGCACGCGCGACUAAUAUGACGGAGGAGACGCACAACGCUGCCAUGUCUGGGCCUAUUGGUAUCGUCAUGGCCAUCGGUGUGUCUGCGGUGCUCGGGUGGUUCCUCAUCCUCGGUCUGCUGUUCUCCAUCCAAGACCUUACCAACACCGUCGGGAGUGCGACGGGCGAACCGGUUGCCCAGAUAUUCCUCGACACCGUUGGGGAGAAGGGUGCCAUCGUCCUGAUGGUCAUUGUCAUUGGCUCGAUGUUCUGGUGUGGGACGUUCUCUAUCACAUCCAAUAGCCGCAUGAUGUACGCCUUCGCGCGUGACGGCGGUAUCCCAGGGCACACGUUCUUCCACAAAGUCGACGUCAAGCGCAAGUCGCCGAUCCGGACUGUCUGGCUGGCUCUGGGCAGCUCGGUCGCCUUCUCCGCCGCAACCAGUAUCGCGACCAUUGGACUGUACAUUUCGUACGGUAUCCCAAUCGCGCUGCGCGUCAUCUACGCUCACGCUUCGUCCGCGGGCCAACCCCGUGAUUCACAGACGCUAAACUACGCGAUUGUCGCGGUGGGCAUCGUCGUCACGUAUAGUCUUGCGGAAGCAACUGGGGUCGACGUGAUGGACCCCGCAAUCGCAGCAACGGUAGUCGAGCCCGAGAAAGGCAGCGACGGAAAGGGCUCUAUCUAAGAUGAUGCUACUUACAGUAUGUAUAAUUCUUGUACGAUUCGCCGAUUAUACCUCUUUAGACCGAGUGGUUGGACACCGCCUAUCUCAAGGUGUGUUUUAGGUAAGACGUCGGGGAAUUAUCCGGGUAACAAUGCUUUCAGUCGCCUCUGACCAUGUGAUACCAUCCUGUGAGGGCCGAGGUGUUCUUUCGAGCCGGUGCACAUUCACACUACUUACUGUCCGACUGCGCGACAACCCCUUGCAGUUGUA